AUGAAUUUUUGUAAUUUGGGAGUAUGGGAAGGGAUUUUAUUUGCUCUUGGGAUAUGAGUCCUUUUAAAAAGAAAAAUCGAGAACUUUGAAAGGAAAAAUUGUCUUGUAUGCGAAGGAGGAGUCGAAAACUUAAUCACUACUUCUUGUGGACAUAAAUUUUGUGGUAAGAGUAAUUAAGGAGAGUGCAUUUUUGAUAAUUAUAGCCAAGGAAGAAUAUUAGAAUGUCCGGCUUGUAAAUCUCAAAUAUCUCUGCUGCUAUUCGAGAAUGCUAAAGGGUUUUCAAAUGAAACACUAAAAGCAGUCUCAAAAUUUAACAUAUCAAAUGUAGAGAGAACUUUUUAUCAAAUUAUGUAUGAUUCAAUUUUUCUUAUUUGAAAUCUAUUAGCCACUGCUUCAAAAGGCUCAUAUCCAAAAUAUUGGAGAAUUUACUUUGCUCUUAUUGCAGGAUUUCUUCAUGCAUGCCUAUUUAACGAUUUAAUUGAUGAAUUUUUUAAAGUGCCCUUUGCCUUGGUUUUUAAUUUAUUGACAAUGUUUGGAAGUUUAGUUUUAUCUUCGCAGCUUUAUUUUAAUGCAAAGGUCUCAGAAUCAGCACAGAUUUUACUUGAUAAUUAA